GAAAAUUCUGCUAAUGGCAUCGGAGAUGAUCACGAGGGUGAGGAGGAUGAAGAGGAUGAGGCUAGUGAAGAGAAAGGACAACAUCUGAAACACGAGGAGGACGAUGAUGAGGAAGAAGAAGACGAUGAAGAAGAGGAGGAUUGAAAUAGUAUGCUUACUUAUCCACCAGAAGUUGGCGCACUGCAAGCUAUUCGGCGUAAGCUCAAAGAUCCGAGAAAAAAUCUAAGGAACUGGAGAAAAGGAGAUCCUUGCGUUUCGAACUGGACCGGAGUAAUCUGCACCAUGCCUCAACCUGAUGGCUUUUUGCAUAUUCAAGAACUGCGGAUGCUAAACUUGAAUCUUACUGGAAAGCUUGCUCCUGAACUUGGCCAGCUAUCUAAUUUGACUGAACUGAAUUUUAUGUGGAAUCACAAUAUUACAGGAAGUAUACCUAAGGAGAUAGGCAAUAUAAAAUCAUUGAAGUUCCUGCUUUUAAGUGGGAAUCAGCUUUCAGGACCUUUGGCCGACGAGCUCGGUUUUCUUCCUAACUUGUUGAUGUUUCAGGUGGAUUUGAAUCAGAUAACAGGUUCACUGCCCAAAUCUUUUGUCAACCUCAUCAGCUGCAGGCACUUUCACAUGAACAACAACUCAAUCAGUGGGCAGAUUCCGUCAGAGCUCAGCAGCAUGCCUGCACUUAUACAUUUUCUGCUGGACAACAAUAACUUAAUGGGGAAUCUACCACCAGAGUUUUCACAGAUGCCUAAAUUGAGAAUACUCCAACUUGAUAAUACCAAUUUUGGUGGAACAGAGAUUCCGGCUUCUUAUGGCAACAUGUCCAACCUAGUGAAAUUGAAUCAUCUAAAUCUGGGAAUUGGAGCAAGGAAGUGAGAAUUGGAGCAAGGAAGUGAAGUAUGAAGAUGAUUCUGAUGUUCUCAUUGAAUGCCGAAACGUGUACAAAUCAUUUGGAGAAAAGCACAUCUUGCGAGGUGUGAGCUUCAAGGUUAUAUUUUUUUUUUUUUGCUUUUAUGUUUUCUUUUAUUCUAGAGGUACUUGGGGGACUAUAUGAGGGUCAUUUCAAGUUAUUAGUCACCUUCAAACUCCCCAAUUGAAUAUUCUCUUUUCAUUAGUGUUUUGGGGUUUCGACAUUCUUUAGAACAAUAUUAAAGGAUUGAAGCUAAGGCUGCAUGCCGUCAUUGAUUCUUAAAGGCCAGUUAUCUGGUUGUGUGGUUCUAAAUUUGAUUAGUUUGGUCUGUUUCCUCUCCUGUACCAUCUUCCCUUCUUUCAGCCUCAUAGUUUUUAUUAUUAAUGUCCUCUUUCAUUGGUGUAUAAAGCGAUGACAUGAUUACAAUAAUUGGUUUUAAUCUAUGAUGCUCAGACUUGAGAUGCUUGGCUAAGUAAUUCUAUGACAGCUUAAUACUGGCAAGAAUUUUGGAUCUGUGUCAAACAUGGUUGAUGGCUGGAUAUAUUGACAACUCAUUGGCUGCCUUGCUGGUAGUCUAGUAGGUGUAAUGGUCCUUGGUUAUCUAGAUCCUUGUUGUCUAUCAAUCAUGGUUGGUAUGCACUCAACGUUUGACAUGAAAAACUGGAAAUUUGGUCCACUUCAAAUUUGAUGUUCUGAUAGCAUGUGUUUUCUGAUAUCAACAAGAAGGAUAGAGAGUAAAAGAAUGUCAUAUAAUAUGCCAUCUUGGUUCAGGAUUGUACCUAGUUCUAUAUUGAACCGAAGCUCUUCUUUAUCAGUCCAUCUCAAAUCAGACUGGACAAAUUGUGUCUAAUGAUGUAUACUUUGAAUUUAGUGAGGAGUGGAAAUUUAGAAUCUCUGAUUGUGUAUUUGAUCGGUGGUUAAAUACGUGAUGUGUCGGUCAUGCAUGAUGUAUCAUGGAUAUCUAUAAACAAUUUAGAUGUUUUGUUGUUUUUAUUAAUAAACAAGAUGCUGUAUUUGGACUUGCUGUUAGUAAAA